AUGCCUUUUACCACCAGAGAUUUCUCCAUCCGGUCCCUGGCCGACCGCUUGGGGGACCUGAAUUACCUUAUCUACGUGUUUCCUGAUCGGCCAAAAGAUGAAGUGUACUCCAAAUAUUACACACCAGUUCCGUGCGAGCCUGCCACUGAUUCUGGCUUUUCUCCGUCUCAGGGCAGGGUGCCGUUCGCCGUGCCUGACAAAGUGCUGUGGUCUCAGCUGUGUGAGGCGCUCAACAUGAAAUUCAAGGCCGAAGUGCAGAGCACCCGGGGCCUGACCAAGGAGAACCUCGUGUUCCUGGCACAGAAGCUGUUCAACAACAGCAGUGGGCACCUUGAAGACUAUAGUGGCAUGUCCGUGUCCUGGUCCCAGUUCAACAGGGAGAAUUUACCAGGACGAAAUUACACGUUCUGGCAGUGGUUCGAUGGUGUGAUGGAAGUGUUAAAAAAACAUCUCAAGCCUCAUUGGAAUGAUGGGGCUAUUUUGGGUUUCGUGAACAAGCAACAGGCCCAUGACCUACUCAUUAACAAGCCUGAUGGGACCUUCCUGCUGAGAUUCAGCGACUCUGAAAUUGGCGGCAUCACCAUUGCUUGGAAGUUUGAUUCUCAGGAAAGAAUGUUUUGGAACCUGAUGCCUUUUACCACCAGAGAUUUCUCCAUCCGGUCCCUGGCCGACCGCUUGGGGGACCUGAAUUACCUUAUCUACGUGUUUCCUGAUCGGCCAAAAGAUGAAGUGUACUCCAAAUAUUACACACCAGUUCCGUGCGAGCCUGCCACUGCUAAAGCGGUGGACGGAUACGUGAAGCCACAGAUCAAACAAGUGGUCCCUGAGUUUGUGAGUGCGUCUGCAGACUCUGCCGGGGCCAGCGCCACCUACAUGGACCAGGCCCCCUCCCCAGCCGUGUGCCCCCAGGCUCAUUAUAACAUGUACCCCCAGAACCCUGACCCUGUCCUGGACAACGAUGGGGACUUUGAUCUGGACGACACCAUGGAUGUGGCGCGGCGUGUGGAGGAGCUCUUGGGCCGGCCUAUGGACAGUCAGUGGAUCCCUCACGCGCAGUCGUGACCCCCGUCUCCAUCUUCAGCCUCUUCAUCCUCGCCGGAGGACUUACUCUUGUGGAUGUUUUAAUUCCAUGAAUCGCUUCUCUUUGGAAACAAUAGUUAUAAUGUGAAGUGUUAAUACUAGUUGUGACUUUAGUGUUUCUAUGCAUGGUGGCACCAGUGAAGGGAGUGUGUGUGUGAGUGUGUGUGUGUGAGUGCGUGUGCACACGCGAGUGUGUGAGUUUACACAUGGGGCUGUUUCUCUCCCUUGCUGUGCAAAGUUUAUUCGCAGCAUUGGGGCCACAAACAGAGGCUGUGGUUGUUUUAACCUUGUGAAAAAAGGCUGUAGUUCCAUGAACCCUGGAACUUGGCCAUGUGUCUGUUCAAGUAAGAGAAGGACAAAGGGAGGAGAAAGCACCUCCGCUCUGUGAGAUUUGUCACUGUGUCUGCCAAGCAGUUGAUAUAUAACCGUGACUGUCUCUGCUUUCCUUUGAAUUGUAGAAACUGCCUUUUGAAAAAGAAAGCCGUCCUCCCACCUUUCCCUCUCCCCCACCCCUGUUUUCCUGGGUAGGGAUGGGUAAAGGGGGAAUGUCUGGUCAUUGUUGGGACAAGGGAAGUCAUAGGUUGUCCGAUGGGUAGUGGCUUUUUAAAUAACACUUAACCCAUCUAACCCAUCUACAUGUUCUCUCCCUCACCCCUCCUUCCUUCCGCUCUGUGGAAUUGCCACUCAGCUCUAUGUGUGUAAACACGUGCAGACACGUUUGAUGAACUAGAGAAAAGAGGGUCACAUAACCGCAGCUUACUGUGUUGAUGUCCUUUGUAUCAUGGCCAGAGUGGAAGGCCCAGCCAUGACCCAUGGGUGCUGAGGAAGUUGCCUUGCUCCCUGGGGCACCUGCCCUCUGGGCUGCCCAUCCUUCUGCCCAAGUGCGGCUACCCCAAGGCUCAUCGAUGACGGCUGUUUGCACAUGGUGGUGUUUUGUUUCUAAAUUGAGACUUCUUGUUUUCCUCUUCCCACCCUCAUCUGACAUCACAAUUCUUUCUUCCCGUGGCAGGUCCUGUGUUGUUCAUACCCAAGUCACCUCGUUUCCCUUCACUGUUCACACGGGCUGUCUUGGGGAGGGGGUGGCAGGAACGCAGUCUGAACCCAGGGCCAGCAUGUUCCAUGAGGUCAUUGCCCACUUGGUAUGGGCUGCCGGGUGUCGGGCAUUGGUCAUCUGGGGAAAUGCAGUCAGUGGGUUUCCUGGGAAGUUUGGUAAGCUGCAAAAACAAAACAAAACAGCUUCAACAUAACGUCCACAAUUUCUUCCGUAGCUUUACAUCAGAUGGAAGGAAUGGGCUAUGGCAGUCAGGUGGGAAGAGGGGUAGCAGAUAAUAGUUUUUGGGGUAGGCCUACAAGCCACUCAGCCCUGGCCCCCCUCUCCAACAGUGACUGCACCCAAGAGAGAAUGGCCCUAAAAACCUUAUUUUUAUACAUGUGAGUAAAUAAACAGAUAUUUUUUUUACAAAAAUGACUUCCGAAUUUAUCAGUGCUUUGAUGUUAAAGGAAAAUAUUCCUCUGUAGUAAAUUAUUUAUUGGAAGAUGACUUUUUAAAAGCUGCUGUUUGCCCUGGCUCGGUUUCAUACACUGAUUUAUUUUUCUAUGCCAGGCAGUAGAAUCUCUCUGCCUCUGAGGAGCAGGCCGACCCCUCCAUGAUACCAGCAUUGACAUAGGAUGCGGCUAAGCCCUUUAAGCCCUAAGCCCUCAAGAUUUGAUUAAAAUUCCCCCCGUGAGGAUCAGAGCAGUGGGGAAAGGGGAAAAGGAAGCCAGACUGCUCUCGGACCCUUACCUGCCCGCCCCUCGGGCUUCACGACGCUGGCCUGUGAGUGCAGUGCUGGGAGUUCAGCAGCCCUGAUGGGCGGGGACUGCUACACCAUCAGCCCCGUAGCAGAGCUUGCCCUUUACAGUUAGCACUGGGGUUGCGGGUACUGAGAAGUGUGGCUGCCCUGAGUGUAGGGGUCCCACGCUUGUACAGUUGCUGAGCUGUCCUCAGUUUCCCUGAGGCUGUGCCUAUAGAUGGGAGAGAUUUUUGAUUGAAAGGUGUGCUCGCUAUCUGCGUUGUAUUUUCUCUUUUCUCCCUGUUCCUGCAAACCACAAAAGAGGCAGUGGCAAGUCUUGACCACCUGCCUCUCACUUGCUCCCAGACACACACACACACACACAUACACACACAUACACAUAACACACGUCAUCAAAACUUUUCAAUGUGUGGUAUGUGCAGGGUUUUGUAGGGGGGUGGGGAGACUAAAAGUGAAUAUAACAAAGUGGAAGUAUACUUUUUAUAAUUUUUCUUUUUAAAACUUUGUGAAAUUAUUUCAGAUACAUAUUUUAGUGUUGAGGCAGAUUAGUAUAUAGCCACCAAAAAAGUAUUGUGUACAAUUUGGGGCAGUCACGAAAUUGUGUAUUUUAUGUUACAAUAAAGGCUUCCUCUGAAGGGACAA